CAUACCGCUUCAUGCCUGACCGCCGAACUGCAGCCCAUGGGCAGGUAUCUCGCCACCGGAGGAGCAAAUUCUAUUAUAGCGCUAUGGGAUACCACAGACUGGCUCUGUCAGAGGACGAUCACAAGGAUGACGGGCCCGGUAAGGAGCAUAAGUUUCACAUUUGAUGGCAGUUACGUCGUCGGUGGCAGUGACGAAGGCAACGGGCUGGAAGUGACGCACGUCGAGACGGGGGAACAUGUCCACACGUUCAAGACGGCCGGAUCAUGUCCAGUGGUGGCUUGGGCGCCGACCCGCUACUGUUUGGCGUAUAGCGAUCUUGGUGUCCUGCGAAUUGUGGGGGUAGAUCUCGACAGGAAGUAAGCUGCUAACGUUGGGAGAAAGGGGGGCAUGGCCUUGUUGUCGUCUUUCCCGUUUCUCCUUCUGCUCGUCUUACGCUCAUCUUUUUUUCUCCGACACUCGGGAUACGGGAACAGGCGAGGUGAGCUAGAGCCACCUCGGGUCUACAUGGUAUACCACGGAGUUGUCGGCAGAAGGAUGCAAAUCUCCAGCAUGUCUCUUAGCAUGUGGCACUAGGUGUUGAGUUGAGCCGGAUAAAGUAUCCUGAUGGUGUGGAAAAGGUAGUUACGUUUCCGCUCCCCAGUAAGCAUGAGACAUGUAUGUAAUACGCCGGGUAAAGACUAAGACUGGGAAGUGAUUCGACGAAACGACCAGCGGCUGCAUGUUUUGGUAGAGUAGGCUGGAGAUGUCGCAGGAAGGGUAGCCGAUUUGCCACUAGGCUGUGAAACAGCACGUGGAUUGAGACAAGGAGCUUGGAAUGGAGGGAUCAUGAUUGGAUGGAU